UAGGUUUAGUACCUCUGGCCUGAGAUGUCAAAUAUUUAACAACUUGGAAAAAGGGAUCAAAAAUAGAGAAAGGACAAAUGGAGGUAAGGAUCUGGUUUUACCGAAGCACUUCAGGUAAUUACGCGAUGCGCGCAAGUCAGCAGGUCAGUCGGCGGGUCAACAGCUCAAACUGCCAAGCAGUCACAGCUCGCUCUGUCGCAAUCCGCAUUUCAGUCUUUAUAAUAUAAAAAGAAGAAAAAAUGGAAAGCCAACGUAAUACUGCCAACCACCGACGCGGAGUUCGUCCGAGCGUGGGCUAUCUGCUAUUCCAGUACCAGAGCGAGCUGACCCGCCGUCAUGCGGAACCCACGCGGCUGUCCCGCACCAAGAUACACAUAAUCGAUGGCCUGGUAUCCCGCACCAUCCGACACAUGAGGAACUGCAGCAUGGAGGAUCUGAAGGCCUGCAAAAGGGAGCUCGUCUACAAGGAGCAGCUGCGUGAUCAGCUCAAGAACAUGCGACGGAAACGAUCCUCCUCCGCCAACAACACUAAAAUUAGUGCAAACACCUCCGACAAAGCGGCGCCCGUUGUUAGUGUUAAGGCGCCAAGUACUCCACCGAAACCACGAUCGUUAAGCCGAUCUGAAACCGUCAAGAUGGACAUAUUCGGUCCAGAGAUCUUUGUCUAAGUCAAACUUACUGCCAUGCACUUUUAUUUUUAGAUUAGAAUUUACUUAGCAUUAUAUUUUUUUCCAAUUGUUGACGAUUUAAAAUCAUAGAACAUGAUAUUGUAUAUAAACGUAAGAAAAUCUAAAAAAAAUAAAAUUAAAAAAAAAGAAA